AUGAAGGGCUAUCCAGUAAGUCAGAAAUUAGCCAUAUUAAUAAUAUUAAUUCCAGCACUUUUCACAGCAUUAUCACCAGGAUUACAGAAAAAAUUUAUAAUUACCAAAGCAUCCCCCUAUAUUACUAAAUAUAACCAAUUCUAUAGAUAUUUAACUUUCCAACUCUUUCCAAACCUUUAUGAAAGUGAUAUACUUCUUUGUUUUGUAAUUUUUUAUUUAUUACAACCUUUAGAAAGAUGUUUUGGUUCUAAAAAAUAUUUGUCCAUUAUAAUUUGUUUAAUUUUCUACAAUAUAAUUUUAACUGGUGGUAUCCAUCUACUAUGGUGCAAAUUGCUUUUAAAUAAAAUACACAAUACAAAUGAAGAUCUAAAUACAGAUUAUGGCGUUGGUUUACCCACCGGCUUAAUAAGUACUUUGCUUGGAUUAUUGCAUUUUGUCAAAAAAUACGUACCCAUUAAAUAUAACUGGGAAUUCAAGCUGGGAAGCACUGCUACUACUAAUAAUAAUUCCAUAACAAAUGUUAUUAUUUUUAAUGAUCAAUUUUAUUUGAACAUCAUGUACUUUUUGUUAAUAUUGAAUAACUUGUCGACGAGUUUUUUUAUGUUUUCCAGCUGGUGUAUUGGUGUUUUAUUAGACGUUGGUAUUUUACCUGGUAUGAAUUGGAGAAUACCAAUAUUGUUCAAUGAUGAUAGUAAUAAGACAAGAAGAAAUUUGAUAACGAGGGCAUCAUCUUUAAACAACACACAUUAUCAGCCUGAGGAAGAAGAAGAAGAUGAUGAUGAUGAACAUAACGCAGAACCACCAAGACCAUUGGCAGUUCAAGUAUUAAAUACAUUAAAUAACUCAUAA